AUGUCAGUGGAUUUGGGACUGGUCAUUUACAGUGCUGUAAAGCCCAUUUUCAAGAUCUAUUUCAUCGUAGCAUUGGGAUUUUACCUUGCAAAGAAGAAUAUCUUGACGGUCUCCACUUGUAGAGAUAUUUCAGAUACGAUCGUAACGGCUAUCUUGCCAUGUUUAGUAUUUGAAAAUAUAGUUGCAAAUUUGAAAAGUUCUGAUAUCAAGAAUUUGGGAAUUGUAUUCUUCACUGCUAGUUUAUUAUUUGGAACUGGGCUCAUCUUAGCAUAUAUAAUCUUCAUAGUCACCAGAUCACCAAAAAAAUGGUUAGGGGGAUUAUUGUCAGUAGGAUUAUUCCCCAACAUUUCAGAUUUACCCAUUGCUUACAUGCAAACCUUAUCCAAUGGAGGAUUAGUAUUCAGCGAUGCUGAAGGUGAUAAAGGAGUAGCUUAUAUUUGUAUUUUCCUUGCAGCUCAAGCAUUGUUUCAAUUCAGUUUCGGACUUUAUGAACUUAUCAGUUGGGACUUUAGACAGGAAUUAGUCGACGAAGAGAAUCAAAUAGAGAAGGAUUUAACCAAUGAAGAUAGUGAAAGUGGUAGUGAAAAAAGAGAUAGAAGGAAAAAUUCAAAUGAAAUCACCGAAGAUACUGAUGUUGACAGGAUAAGCCUCCCAAGGAUAACCACCCCCGAAGAUGAAUUAUCAUUCGAUGAUGAUUUAUCAAUAAGUAGUUCAUUAGCAGGAGAAGUAGAAGCACCUCCGCCAACAGAUAUAGGUCAAAGUAGUAUCAAUGGAUCCCCAGUCCGGAAACUUAGCACCAAUCGUGACUCAAUAUCUCAACAAUUGAGUAGAAGAGUUAGUAGAAUGAGACGUAAUUCAGUAUCGUCUAACCCUGGUCAGAAUAUCUUACAACCAACCAGAAGUAGAGAUUUAAGAACAUUGAAAUCUCAAGAUAUGAAUGAUGUUAUUAACGAAUAUUCCGAAUUCGAUACUUUAAGAACGGCUGAAGCUCAAACUGUUCUUUCAUCUGCGGGUGAAGGAAUGGUAUUAGUUAAGAGUGUUUCAGCUAAAAGUCAACAUGUACCUUUGAAACAAAAAGUUAAGAAAAGAAUCAUUUCAAUGCUUAAGAACUUCAUUUCUCCUGUGUCUUUUACAUUAAUCUUAUCAAUUGCUGUGGCCAUGUCACCACCAUUAAAAGCAUUAUUUGUUAAAUCAACAUUUCAUAUUCCAAAUGCUCCUGACGGUCAACCUCCUUUAUCAUUCGUCAUGGAUACAGUUUCAUAUAUUGGUAAUGCAUCAGUUCCUUUAGGUCUUAUCUUAUUAGGAGCUACUAUCGCUAGAUUAGAGAUCAAAUCUAUGCCUGAGGGUUUUUGGAAAACUGCUGUAGGUAUAACUAUUGCCAGAUUAGUCAUAUUACCUAUCAUAGGUGUAGGUAUCACCACCGGUAUGUAUAAAGGUGGAUGGUAUGGAGAUGACAAAUUAUUAAGAUUUGUUAGUGUUUUAGAGUAUGGAUUACCAAGUGCCACAUCUUUAGUGUAUUUCACAGCUUUUUAUACCGAUCCUAAUAGUAAAACACAUGUUCAAAUGGACUGUUUAGCAGUAGCAUUGAUUUUCCAGUAUACUGCAUUAUGUAUCACAUUACCUUUCUUGGUCAGUUUCACCAUUAAAGUAUCCCUUGGAUACUAA